AUGGGUGGAUGUCGAUGUACGUUUCGUGAAUGUGGAAAUGCAACUUCCAUACGGAAGGAGUUGCACUACUUUCGGUUCCCCAUUCGUGAUCCGGAACGGAUGCAGAUAUGGGUAAAGAACGCUAACCGUAAAGAAUUUCUGGCUCUACCGAAAGACAAAGUUUGCAACAAGGUCGUGUGUCAGGAACACUUUGAGCGUAAAAUGUUCAUGAAUGAACUGUGUGAUCGCCUGACGAAACUGGCUAUUCCUCGGUUGAUGCCGAAACCGGACGGCACUAUAUUGAAUGUGGAAACGGGGGUAGAAUACGAUAACCAAUCGCUCGAAGAUGGGCCAUUAGAAGGAACAUCUUCGGAGAAAACUACCAUAAAAAUUGAGCAAAUACAAAUGCAGCAUACAGUGCGAAGAAAUAAAAUUGCAGAGCCCCCGAUGAAGAAAAUAAAAAUACUAAAUUCGGAAACGAUGAUUCGCAACAAAUCCGGCACACCGUGUGAAGUGAUACGGAUUAAAACAUCCGAGCCGAAAGGAAAGGAGCGUCUUCUCCAACUGUUGAAUAAGAAAGUGAGUUCGAUGCACCAUAAAACCAAAGCAACGAUCAUUAGCGACGAAAAUGGUGAACCAACGUUUGCUGAUGACGGCGAUUUGGAUGUUUACAUUCAUGACGAAAUACAAUGCAUAGAUGAGCCGGAAGAAUCAUCGUCUUCUGUGAACGAUCAACAUGACAUUCCGAACUCUUCCACCGUUGAAAGCGUCGUGCUGCCAAUUUCCACACCCGUUACGGUGCCCGUCCUCGAUCCAGUAUUAUUGGAAAAAAUGGAUCAGAACAUGCACGAACUGGCGGAACUCAAGAAGCUAGUGGAAGAUCUCGCGAAUCGUCCGGAACCACAGCCUACGAUUGUUCCUGCUGCGGCUGGACCGUCCAAGGUGGUUAUGGAAAAGGGUCCGCAGCUUACUAAGGCUCAACUAUUUAACAACAUUAAACGAUACCUCAACCCGACGAUGGUGACGCUGCUUCGAAUGGAGCUGUUUGCCGGAUCUACCGAACGCCAAUGGAAAACCGAUGAGAAGAGCCUGGCGGUCGAUAUGAUCAAUUUAGGCGAGCAUGUGUAUGAUCACUUCAAGGAAGAGUUCCGUUUUCGUUUGCCGUCGAAAAGCGAGGCAAAUGAAUGGAAGGAAUCAGGAGAAAUCGAUGUCGACGAUGCAUGUUAGCGGUUGUACGUAAUAUUUUAUGUGACAAUAUACAGAUACAGUAUAAUAAUAAUAUUAUAAUAUUUGAAAGUAUAAUAUUAUUAUACUCCUCUGUAUUGGAACGUCAAAUUGGAGAAAUUACAGUAUCGUAGAAUUAGACUCGCACGAGGGAGU